UGUGCACAAAUAUUAUUUUCUACAUUUUUAGUCCCUAUGUUCUGAGAGGGAACACAUUGUUCUUUCAUACAUUAAAAUAUGAAGCAUUUCCGUUUCUUAUUGCUUCUUUCCCUCUUUCAAAUCAUUGCAAGUUAUAGCAUGAAAAUGGUGGGAGGCAUUGACUCCAGCACUGACAGAGAAGCCCUUCUAGCUUUCAAAUCCUUAGUUUCUGAUCCUCAGAAUGCUCUCUCUGGAUGGAACAUAAGUUCAUCUCAUUGUACUUGGUUUGGUGUGAACUGCACCAGCAAUGGAACACAAGUCCAAUCACUAAGCCUUACAAAUCUUGCGCUCUUUGGCAAUAUUCCUCCUCAGCUCUCCAAUCUCACUUCACUUAAGACUCUAAACCUUUAUAACAACUCUUUUUUUGGUCAAAUUCCUUCUGAGCUUUCCCGUCUUACUAGCCUUCAGCGUAUAAUUCUCGCAACAAACAACAUCAGUGGCACCAUUCCUGUUAGUCUAUCUGAUUGUCUUAUGCUUGAACAGAUGAGUUUUGAGAACAACAAACUUACCGGUCUCCUUCCUAGUGAACUAGGCCAACUUCCUAGACUGAAAAUCCUUGAUGUGUCCAUGAACAAUCUUACUGGUGCAAUCCCCUCUACUUUUGGCAAUCUCUCCACUAUCACCAAUCUCAGCAUAGCAAGAACCAACAUAUCUGGUAAAAUUCCAAAUGAGUUGGGUCGUCUACAUAAUCUUGUCAUGCUUCAACUCUCGGAGAAUCAAUUAAGUGGUGAGAUACCCUUUUCUAUUUUCAACAUAUCCUCAUUAGAGUACUUAUCCCUUACACAAAACAGGCUUGUUGGAAAGCUGCCCUCCAAUAUAGGUCUUACCCUUCCCAACAUAAGGGAACUCUACUUGGGGCGCAAUGGUCUGGAAGGACCAAUGCCAACUUCUUUAUCCAAUGCUUCACAUAUUGAAUUCCUUGAUCUCUCUUCAAAUAAUUUCACAGGGCCUAUUCCUUUACUUGGUAACUUGAAAAAUCUUGUAAAAUUAUUCCUUGGCUCAAACAAAUUAUCUUCUACAACAGAGCUGAAUUUUCAAGUAUUUGAUUCCCUCACUAACUGUACCCAGUUAGAAGAUAUCUUUCUCAAUUCCAACCAAUUAUCUGGUGAACUUCCCAGUUCUGCUGCAAAUCUCUCAGUCAAACUCCAAGAAUUUUGUAUUGAUGAUAAUUUGUUGACUGGUAGCUUCCCUCAAGGAUUUGAGAGGUACCAAAACCUUGUAGCCUUAUCAAUUCAACAAAACUCAUUCAAGGGCCAAAUACCAAAGUCCAUUGGAAAGCUUCAGAAACUACAAAGACUUAUGGUACAUGAAAACCUCUUCUCUGGAGAAAUUCCAGAUAUCUUUAGCAAUCUUACACAACUAUAUCUGCUCAAUAUGGGAAACAACCAGUUAUCUGGUAGAAUUCCUAUGAGUUUAGCAACUUGCCAGCAAUUAAAGAUACUUUAUCUAGCACAGACUGGGCUCAAUGGGAGCAUUCCAAACCAAAUUUUUGAGCUUCCUGAUUUGAACUUUUUGCAAUUGGCAAAUAACUCUUUGAUCAGUUCUCUACCUGACAAAUUUGGCAAUUUGAGACAGCUUGAAUUCAUGGAUGUUUCUGGAAACCAGUUGUCCGGAAAUAUUCCAGCAAUAACCCAGAGAUACUCAAGUUUGCGCAGUCUCAACAUUGCUAGAAACAAGAUAAUUGGCUCAAUACCGAAGUCACUGGAAAAUCUAGCAGCACUGGAGAGCUUGGAUCUUUCUUCCAACAAUCUUUCAGGCCUAAUCCCCAAAGAGUUGCAGAACCUUCAAGUUUUGCAGAUGUUAAAUUUGUCUUUCAACAGCUUCGAAGGAGAAGUACCAACAAAUGGUGUCUUUGCAAACAUCAGCUGGGAUUCUCUCCAGGGAAACUCCAGGCUCUGUGCAUUUGACCAUGAUGCUGCAGAAAAGCUAAGAGUCACUACUUGUGUCACAAAAAAGGUGUCAAAUUCUCAUUUAGUACUCAAAGUCACUAUUCCAAUUUCUGCUAUCAUUGUGCUUGUCUGUGCAUUGUGUUUAGUGUGGGCACUAGUCACCAAAAAGAAGAGCAAGAUAAGAAACAAUGGAACUUCAUCUGUAGUCAAGGGUUUACCCCCAAGGCUAUCUUACUCAGAAAUCCAGCUUGGUACAAAUGGGUUUGCCACAGAAAAUUUGUUAGGGAAGGGAGCGUUUGGGUCUGUUUAUAGAGCUGUUUUAAGUACUGGUGAGAAUGGAACCCAGACCACAGUUGCAGUGAAGGUUCUAGACUUGACACAAAGUAAAGCUUCCAAGAGUUUUGAUGCAGAAUGUGAAGCUCUAAGAAACAUCCGGCAUCGGAACCUUGUUAAGGUGUUCACUUCUUGCUCUAGCAUUGAUCAUACAGGAGCUGCAUUCAAGGGUUUGAUUAUGGAAUUCAUGUCUAAUGGUAACUUGGAUAAGUGGUUGUAUCCAGAUGAUGUUGAGUGCGGAUCAACUCUGACUUUAACCCAGAGACUGAAUAUUGCCAUUGAUGUAGCUACUGCCUUAGAUUACCUACAUCAUGACUGUGAUCCACCAGUAGUACAUUGUGAUUUGAAACCCGGAAAUGUGCUUUUGGAUGAAGAUAUGACUGCUCAUGUUGGAGAUUUUGGGUUAGCAAGGUUUCUCUCUCAUGAUUCAUUGCGGAAUGAGAAUAGCACAAUUGGACUAAAAGGCUCAAUUGGUUACAUUGCUCCAGAGUAUGGCUUGGGUGGAAAGGCUUCAACUAGUGGGGAUGUCUACAGUUUUGGAAUUCUGCUGCUUGAGAUGAUCAUUGUAAAGAAGCCCACAGAUAGGAUGUUCCAGGAAGGUUUAAGCCUAAACAAGUUCGUAUCUGAAGUGCACCAGAGUAAGAUCUUGGAUAUUACCGAUCCAAGGCUUUUCAAGGAUAUUGUAUCUUUAACUCGAAGCAGCAGUGCUAGUUAUUCUAUUAGUGGAGAGGGCAGCAGCAGCAGCAGCAACAACAGUGCUUUCAGAGGUGAGGAGUGUGUGGCUGCAAUGGUGAGAGUUGGAUUGUCUUGUGCUGCUCAUUCAUCAAAAGAACGUUUUACCAUGAGAGAAUCCUUAUCCAAGUUGCUAGAGAUUAAAAGGAGUUUUAUUGGAUUUUGAAGCAUUACCUUAACACUUUUGUACAGAGUUUAUGUUUAUUGCUCAAGCUAUUUAAGCUUGUAUAUUUCUUAUGAUUAGAGCUGAAAAUUGAUGUUAGCCUCUUUAAUGGCCAGUUAAUGAGAUCAUAUGUCAAAUUGUAUUGCAUUUUCUUUGUCA